AUGGCAUCGAAACAAGAAUUAGAUAAAAAACAAUUAGAAGAACAAGUUCGAUUGAAAAAAAUUGCUGAUUCUCAUCUUGAAGAAGAAUAUGAAUAUGUGACAGAACCACCCGAUGGUGGAUUCGGUUGGGUUAUUGCAAUUGCAGCAAUGUUAUGUAAUCUUGUAUGUGAUGGUACUCUAUUCGCUUUUGGUACGAUGAAAGUGUAUCUUCAACAACAUUUUGGGUGUUCGGAUAUGGUUAUUCUAAUGGUUGGUUCUGUUCCUUGCGGUGUUUAUUUAUUAGUGGGUCCGAUUGUAUCGGGUCUAGCAAAUAGAUACGGAUGCCGACCAAUUAUUAUUAUUGGUAGUAUUGGCGCAGCAGCUUGUAUGGUAUUAUCGACUUUUUCACCUAACGUUGGAGCGAUGAUUAUUAUCUAUGGUAUAUUUGGUGGUGUCUUUUUCGGCAUGGUUUAUUUGCCAUCGGUAGUAAUGGUAUCGUUUUAUUUUGAUAAAAAACGAGCAAUUGCUAACGGUUUGGUAACUGCAGGUACAGGUCUUGGUGCUCUAUCGUUUGGUCCACUAGCUAAUUAUUUGAUGAAAAUAUAUGGUUGGCAAGCGGGUAUAAGGAUAUUUGCUGCAAUCAUGCUAACAUGUAUUGGAUUCGGAUCAAUUAUGCGACCAUUACAACCUACAAAAAGACUAAUUAAACGUGAGCCUGAAUCAGAAAUUUCUGAUAUGAAAAAUUCGAAGGAUGAAAAACAGAAAACUGUACCUUCAGAAGCAGCAGGCGAAACGAAUGUUCCAUUAUUAUCAGCAGGUAAUGCAUCACCACGUAUUAAUAAUUCAACAGCUGUAUCAGGUAGCGAUAUUCCUCCUGUUGCCACGCUUGGAACAUCGUCAAGUCCAACCGUUGGGUCGUUACGUGUUCGAUCAUUAUCAUCUUCAAGUCGUGUGUCUGCUACUAGCGGUGGACAUCUUCCACAUGGUGUUGCCAAUCCUGAAGAUGCUUCUCGGCCGUUCUAUAAAAAAGAUGUUCUAUUUACUGGAUCGAAAUCUCAACUUCAUCAUUUAUCACAUACAUCAUUACAUAAUAGCAAUCCCUAUGUAGCAUCAGUAACAAAUAUUCCAGCUUUAGUAGAUGAAGAACAAAAGAAAGAUUCUGCAGUGAAAGCAUUUGCUGAUAUACUUAGAACAAUGACUGACUUUUCAAUAUUAAAGAAUAAACAAUUAUUAUUAAUUUGUAUUGGAAAUAUAUUUUCUAUGCUUGGCUAUUAUUUACCAAUAAUGUGUCUUGUUUCAUAUGCAUCUGAAGAUCAUAAAGUUGAUCUAACAAAAGCUUCGUUUUUAUUAACAAUCUUCGGAGCUUUUAAUACAUUGGGUCGAUUUGCUGGUGGACCUAUUGCUAUGAUACCACAUUUAAGUGCAUUACGUGUUCAUAAUGCACUUUUAUUUACUGCUGGUGUUUUAACAGUUUUAGCUGCUUAUACAUACAACUUUACAUCAUGUGCUGUUUAUGCUGCUCUAUGCGGGUUCGCUAUUGCACCACAUAUGUCUUUAUUACCGAGUGUCAUUUGUGAUUGUGUGGGUCUUGAGCGAUAUACAACAGCAUUUGGUGUUCUAUUUUUAUUUCGUGGUGUAACAUCAAUUAUUGGUCCUCCUGCUGCUGGUUUUCUUAAAGAUUAUACUAAAAAAUAUGAUCUAGCAUUUGUGAUUGGUGGAGCAAUGAUAAUAAUCGCUUCAUUCUUUCAUAUGUGUAUUGUAUGUGUUAAACCCGAUCAAGAAGUUGACACAGUUGAAAGCAAGAACAAUGAAGAAGCUACACAAAAAAAUAAACUUGAUGUUUGA